GCCCAGGGCGCCGAAGCAGGGGCUGGGGGUGGGGGUGGGGGGGGGAGUGUCGUGCGAGCAGAGAGAGUGAGAUAAAAACAGGGGUGAAGAAAGAGUGAAGGGAGCAGAAAAGGGAGAAGAGCGAAAGGAAUAGAGAGAACGGAAAGGAGAGAGAAAAGAGUUUCCGAUCGUCCAGGAGAGUGAAGGAGCCCGAAGGAGCGGAAGCGAUCCUAGGGGGGAAGAGGAGCGCUGAGAGGGAGGGGAGAGAAGGGCGAGGAGGGGAGUACAAACUAGAGGAGGGUGAAGGAAGCGAGGCGCGACACGGCUCGGGGAGAGGAGGGCAGUGAGGAGCGAGGCGCGGGCAGAGGCGGCUCGGACUGCCGAGAGGAGGGAGCGCGGCGCAGAGAGGAGGGGCUUGCGGGCCCGUAGAAAUGUCAAUCAGAGCCCGGAGCCCCGGGAAUCUCCGCCAAUCUGUUCGGACCUGACCUGGCUCCUCGCCGCCGCCGCCGCCGCCGCCGCCGCCGCCGCGAGCAGAUCAAUAGGCGAACGCGGAGCGCUGCGCAGCGCGGGAGGCAGCGCGGCCCAGCCCGGCCCAGCCCCCGAUGCGCGCAGGGAGCCCGCGGGCGGCGCUGAGCUGGGCGGCCCCAGUGGGGCCGGGCCCCCUCCCUCCGUCCGUGCCCCGCGGGCCACCAUGUCCUUCCCCCAGCUCGGAUACCAGUACAUCCGCCCGCUCUACCCACCCGAGCGCCCGGGGGCCGCCGGCGGCGGCGGCAGCGCUGGGAGCCCGGGGGCCCGGGGAGCCGGAGCCUCGGAGCUGGCCGCCUCGGGGUCCCUGUCCAACGUGCUCUCCUCCGUGUACGGGGGCGCCCUAUGCCGGCGGGCGGCGGCUGCCGCCGCCGCCCAAGGCUACGGUGCCUUUCUGCCCUACGCCGCCGAGCUGCCCAUCUUCCGGCAGCUGUACGAGCUGAAAGACAGCCCGGGGGUGCAGCAUCCGGCCGCGGCCGCCGCGUCGCACCCGCACCCCGCCUUCUACCCGUAUGGCCAGUACCGAGUUGGGGACCCGUCCCGUCCCAAGAACGCCACCCGGGAGAGCACCAGCACGCUCAAGGCCUGGCUGAACGAGCACCGCAAGAACCCCUACCCCACCAAGGGCGAGAAGAUCAUGCUGGCCAUCAUCACCAAGAUGACCCUCACCCAGGUGUCCACCUGGUUCGCCAACGCGCGCCGGCGCCUCAAGAAAGAGAACAAGAUGACUUGGGCGCCCCGCAGCCGCACCGACGAGGAGGGCAACGCUUACGGGAGCGAGCGCGAGGAGGAAGACGAGGAGGAGGACGAAGAAGACAGCAAGCGCGAGCUUGAGCUGGAGGAGGAGGAGCUCGUGGGGGAGGAGGAGGACACGGGGGGCGAGGGCCUGGCGGACGACGACGAGGACGAGGAGAUCGAUUUGGAGAACUUAGACGGUGCGACCGCGGGGCCUGAGCUGGCCUUGUCUGGGGCGGCACACAGGGACGGCGACCUCGGCCUGAGACCCAUUUCAGACUCCAAGAAUAGCGACUCGGACGACAGCUCGGAGGGCUUGGAGGAGCGUCCACUGCCCGUGUUGAGUCUGGCCCCGGCGCCACCGCCGGUGGGCCGGGCGGUUCUGCCGUCUCCGCCCUCGCCUCCUGCAGGCCUGGACCCCUGCGCUCCCGCACCACCGCCCGCCUCAGCCCUGCAGAAGCCCAAGAUCUGGUCCCUGGCCGAGACGGCCACAAGCCCGGACAACCCGCGCCGCUCGCCUCCGGGCGCGGGAGGUUCUCCCCCGGGGGCAGCCGUCGCGCCCCCAGCCCUGCAGCUCUCUCCGGCCGCGGCAGCCGCCGCGGCUCACAGACUCGUCUCGGCGCCGCUGGGCAAGUUCCCCGCUUGGACCAACCGGCUUCCAGGCCCUACGCCGGCCCACGCCCGCACCCCGCUCUCCCUGCUGGGCUCGGCCCCUCCACACCUGCUGGGACUUCCCGGAGCCGCGGGCCACCCGGCCGCCGCCGCUGCCGCCUUCGCUCGGCCGGCGGAGCCCGAGGGCGGAACAGAUCGCUGUAGUGCCUUGGAAGUGGAGAAAAAGUUACUCAAGACGGCUUUCCAGCCCGUGCCCAGGCGGCCCCAGAACCACCUGGAUGCCGCUUUGGUCUUAUCGGCUCUCUCCUCCUCCUAGUACUUAUUUU